AUGACAGUUGUCAAGUUACUGCUGUUGAGCUGCUGGACUCUUCUUUACGCGCAUCCGUUACUGGCUUCACUCAGACCCACAGCGGGCUUUACCGGGACUGGUAAAUCGUGGAGACCGUCUCCUGCAAGAAUUACGCGUAUCCAGGCACCAGGACCAGCGCUGACGAAAGGGGCAGCUGGUGCCAGUAAAGUUAAACACAGCGCGUAUUCGUCCGUGACUGGAACACGCACCCUGAGAGACAGGGCAGUGGGGUCACAGGGGCGCUCGUGGACGGACAGAGAGCAUGCUUUCAGGACGCACUUCCCAUACGCAGCACCGUAUAUAGAAGUAGACAACGGCAAGGCUGAGGGUGCUGUCAGGGCAGUGCAGCGGUCCGGAGAUACUACUCAGCGAACAGCGGCGACUGCACAGAGAUUUAAUAAUCGGCAGCAGCUUCAGCAGCUUCAGCAGCUCAGUGCGACCGCAGCAGCUCAGCGCGUCAAGUUUCCAAAAGCUGCCCCUGAGCGGGAUGCGCACCACAGGCAGCCUCUGGUGGUCCCUCACGACUACAUGUUGUCACUCUACUGGUCCCUGUCAAAUGGCGACGUGAAUGGCAGCGCACUUCACGAGGCCGGCUUGGCGAACACCAUCACUAGCUUCGUGGAUAAAGGGCAAGAUGAGCGUGGGCCACAGCUCAGACGGCAGAGGUAUUUCUUCAAUAUCAGCUCCCUGGAUCGAGACAGCCUCUUGGGGGCUGAGCUACGCAUCCUGAGGAAACACCUGUCCGACCCCCGCAGGGUGUCCAUGGUAACGCAGGGGUCUACAGUUACCGGGCCCUGCCUUCGCCUCUAUACCUGUGCUUCAGGUCGCCAAAAGCCCAGUCUGCUGCACAUGAAGACUAUGGAUGAUGUGGUUAGUGGGGGCGGAUUUGGCAGCAAAUGGGAAGUAUUUGACAUAUGGAAAGUUUUCAAGGGUUUAAAACAUCAGCAAAACACACUCUCCAAGCAGCUGUGCUUUGAACUGGAAGCACUGCAAUAUCGAGGCGGCCGGCCCAUAGACCUGCGAACUCUUGGGUUUGGUCGUCCUGGAAGGAGCAACAAGGAAAAGGCGUUUCUCCUGGCAUUUGGGAAAAGCAAAAAGAGGGACCUAUUUUACAAUGAGAUCAAAGCGCGAUCGGGCCAUGACAAUAAAACUGUCUAUGAGUACCUCUUCACACAGAGGCGAAUGCGACGAGCUCCGGCCGUCAGGGCAAAUAAAAAGCCCAUGCAGCCGCCCCAGGCUUUCCCUCAGAACCAGGUCAUUAAAGCUCAGACCAAACGCUGCCAUAAGAAACAGCUGCAUGUGAACUUUAAGGAGAUGGGCUGGGAUGACUGGAUCAUCGCUCCAUUGGAGUAUGAGGCCUUUCACUGCGACGGGGCCUGUGACUUCCCCAUCCGCUCACACCUUGAACCCACCAAUCACGCCAUCAUACAAACUCUUAUGAACUCUAUGGACCCGUCCUCAACACCACCCACAUGCUGUGUCCCAACUAAACUCAGUCCCAUCAGUAUACUCUACAUUGACUCUGCCAAUAAUGUGGUAUACAAACAGUAUGAGGAUAUGGUGGUGGAGUCAUGUGGCUGCAGGUAGCAGAUGUGUAUGGUGCUCCCCAAAAUAUGUGUAGUCCAAAUAUAGUUCAAUGAACAUAGUUUGACACAUCACAAUUCCAGGUCUCAAUACAGCCAUAAUGUCAGACUAACAAAGUUACAAACAUUUUACAGGCAAUUCCCAAAGUUAAGACUUAAAGUUAAAAGAACUACCCAACCAGAAAUGUGUUCACUCUAAUUUAUUCUUUUUUUUUUUUUUCUUUUUUGGGUUUUUUUUUUAAACAUAAGUGCACUAUGUGAAAGAUGGGCCUUAUGUCCAUGUUAUUUUAGGUGUUAUUGCUUUGCCUGGAAUUUUCUAUAGUGUGUUAAACAUUAAACAUACAUCACCAUGGUGACAAGCAUGUGAAGCCAGCAGUCUAGAUCUGUGGAAAGGUGAGCCUACUCACAAUAAGAAUGCAGGUUUUUCAAGGUAUUU